AUGCGAACCAUCACAGAGGAUAAAAUUCCCAUUCCUCUUAUUCCUGAUACGGAAUUAAGUGACGUUCGUAUAGGAGCUACAGACCCCGCCCUUUUCUUUUCCAUUGCACUGGAUUCGCCAUGUAAAGUAACAAUAGAAUUUCAAGAAUUUAACAGUGCUUCACGUUGUGUGUUAUUGCUUAGUCCUACUGAUCCUAGACCUAGUAAACAUACCGCAGUAUGGAAGAAUCUUUCACCUGAUCAAAAUAAAACAGUAACUGUACUUCCAGCUGAUCCAUCUUAUAAACUAGGAUUAUUAUAUCUCGCUGUACGCUAUGUGGAACCAAGUGGGAAUACUUUUAUUCGUCUUAAAUUAACAUUACAAGAACAAUAUGAAGCAGAAUGGUAUUCUCUUGCUAAUCGUGCCUUAUAUCACGGUAUGUGGUCAGGAUUUUCUUAUCAUGGUCGUGGACGCUGUAUAUAUGGUGUACCACCAGAUGCUUUAGAAGAUGGUGAUUUAAGUUGGAGUGGACGUAGUCUACGACGUCAAAGUGAGGCAUUAUCUUGGCAAAUGGACUUUACAAAUCUAUUAGAUGGUGCUAUAGUAGAUGUUGCUAAAGAAGAAACAGGAUGGUUUAUUCUUCCUUUACCUUCUCCAACAAUGGAAGUAUAUGAUGGAGAUUGGGUAAAUGGAAAGAAAGAAGGUACUGGAGUUUAUCAAUGGAAUGAUAAAGCAUAUAUUGGAAUGUGGAAAGGAGGAGUUCGAGAAGGUUUUGGUGUUAUGCAAGUUCGUGAUGGUUUUCGCUACGAAGGAGAUUGGCUAAAUGAUAAAAAACAUGGCAAAGGUAAUGCUUUAUAUCCAGAUGAAACACAAUACCAAGGUGAUUGGGAAAAUGAUGUACGAAGUGGUAUGGGUAUUUUUAGCUAUACAAAUGGUAUUGUUAUUCGUGGAAAAUGGAAAAAUGAUGUACUAGAUUCUGAAGUUACUGCAAAUUAUCCUGAUAAAUCCCGUUAUGUAGGUCAAUGGUGUUAUGACCUUCGUCAUGGAGAAGGUGUGUAUACAGAUGCUGUUGGAAAUGUUUUUAAAGGAACAUGGAAUAUGGAUAAACGUACCGGAAAAGGAGUGUUAAUAUUUGCCAAUGGGGUAGAAUGUGUUGCGGAUUGGGAGGAUGAUGUGCGAAAGGGUGGUACAUUUACCUUUAAAAACGGUGAGGUGUAUGUUGGUGGCUGGAAUGACACGUUGUGUGUGCGGGAGGGGGAGGGUCGGUGUGUGUACCCCAACGGGGAUGUCUACGUGGGCCACUGGGCGGCCGACAAGAAGGACGGCUUUGGGACCCUCACGCACGCCGAGGGGGGCCGCUGCUACGAGGGCGAGUGGGUCGCCGACCGCCGCCACGGGAUCGGCCGCCUCGAGGACGCGGAGGGCGUCUACCAGGGCGAAUUCCGCGAUGAUCUCCGCUGCGGGACGGGUCUUCACGUGGGCCGCCGGGGCUCUCUUUACCGCGGGGAGUGGCGAGACGACGGCCGCGUGGGUACCGGCAUUGGAUAUGAUGCUAAAACCGGCACUAUUCAAGAGGGCGUCUUUCUUCUUGGUCGUCUUCAAAGUAUGGGACGUGCUCGAUCCAGCAAAGAUGCAUAUGAGGGACCAUGGGUAGACGGCGAGCGUCAUGGUGUGGGUGUAACAUCCCUUACAAAUGGAGAUGUUAUUCAACAUGUCUGGUAUCGUGGUAAACGGCAGGAUGGGGAUGUGGUUUACAAGUAUUCCAAUGGUGAUGUGUAUGAAGGGGAGUGGCGUGAUGGGCUACGUCACGGUAAAGGUACACAACACUACGUUGAUGGCUCUAAAUACUCAGGUGAAUGGAAUAAUGACAAACCCCAUGGUCAUGGUAUUCAUACAGACUCACGCGGAGAAGUACUUGAAGGUGAAUGGCGCGAAGGUACACGCAUUGAUGUACGAGGUCGUCUUCAUUUUGUGGAUGGUAGCGUGUACGAAGGUGAUAUAUGCGGCGGAAAACCUCACGGCAACGGACGACUGAGUUAUCCAGACGGUACCAGUUUUGAAGGAACUUUUCGCAAUGGUGUAUAUGUGUUGUAG